AUGGGUCCCCCAAAGGUCCCUGUAAUCAUCGGAAUCGGCGAAGUAAAGAACAGCUCUCGCCAAAAGGAGGAUGCGAUCGAGCCGUUGGAUUUAAUGCUAAAUGCGAUCAAUAUAUCAGCUCACGAUGCAUCCAGCUCAUUUCCGGAGAAACUUAUUGCUUGUGUUGACAGCGUGGGCGUCGUGGCUAGUUCGACGUGGCGGUACAAGGACCUCCCGGGCCUGGUAUCUGAAAAGUUAGGAAUUCGACCAUCCCAUAGGGCUUAUAGUGCCCUGGCUGGGAGCUCGUCCGUUGAACUAAUUGAUAAUACUGCUCGACUCGUUGCGAAAGGCGAAGCAGAAGUUGGAAUUAUAGUGGGAGGAGAGGCGAUGGCGUCAUUGAAAACCUAUAUCAAAACCCACUCGUAUCCUCCUCCAUGGACAGCCCCAGACCCGGAGACGAAUGAAAUAUAUUAUGCAAAUGAUACCGACGCGCUAACUGGAAUUGGGAAGAUCCACAAGGUCGGAGUACCCAUGCAUGUGUAUCCCAUGUAUGAGAACGGACGGCGAGCCCAUAAGGGGCAGAGACCAAUUGAAAAUUUUCGAGAGUCUGCGUCCUUAUAUGGAAGAUACGCUAAAGUCGCAUCGGAGCACCCGACAUCAUGGCACUUUGGGCGAGGGACAGAAACGGCAGAGACGAUUGGGACAAUCUCCAAGCGGAACAGAAUGAUAUGUUUUCCAUUUUGGAACCGUUCCAACUUUUCCUCCAGUGCCGCAAUUGCCUUUGCCUUGGACGAGUGUCUGAACUCGUCAGGUCUGUGCAAAGAGGAUAUUGAUAUGUUUGACUUUUAUUCAUGCUUCCCAGUUGUCCCUAAACUAGCGUGCGACCACCUAGGAAUCCCUUGCGACAACCCCCGAAAGCCAAUUACUCUUCUAGGAGGUCUCACAUCAUUUGGCGGCGCGGGCGCGAAUUAUUCCAUGCAUGUAAGAGCAGAAUUUUUGGAAUCUGUGACCAAUAUUGAAGCUGUUACUGAUAUUGAAAUUCGGCUGCAGGCCGUAGUGGAGAUGACGCGUCGACUACGGAAGCUGCAAAAUUGCCACGAAGCUUCUAACGGGCUUGUUCUCGCUAACGGGGGGGGUACUAACUACGGAAAAUGUAAUAUGCCUCUCUACACAUCCUAG